UCGUGGUCAAUCAAUAAAUCUUUCAUCUAAGCCAAACCAUCAGCCGCGCAGAUAUAGAACACAGCAGACUACUAUAACGGAUUCACGGCGCCAUUUUGAGAUACAGGAAGAUGGAUAUUGGUAGCGGUUCCAUGUUAUAUGUUGUUGUCUACAGGGAUUUCAUUGUUUUUGGAUGAUCUUUUUGUAGCUUAAGAAAGUAGAUAUCGUAUUUCAAGAUGCUUAGGAUUUUGGCUGUCCUGAUCGCUGUGUCUAGUGUACAUAAUGUUGUAAAAUGUCUCCUCACAGAUAAGAAGCAUGGCAUAGAGUACCUGCUGUAUCGAGAUCUUUUUACCAACUAUAACAACGGUGCUCGUCCAAUUAGAAAUGCUAGCGAGGCCCUGAACGUUGAUUUUGGGUUGGCAUUGAACCAAAUUCUUGAUCUGGAAGAAAAACGUCAAGUCCUGACCUCAGCUGUAUGGAUAUAUGAGGAAUGGUUCGAUGACAAUCUUCAAUGGGAUCCUGAUAAAUAUAAUGGUUUAGAUACGCUGAUCAUACCAUCCACUAGAAUAUGGCUCCCCGAUGUAUUUCUCUUUAAUACGGCUGGUGAAAAUCUGGACGGAUUUGUGAACGUCACCGGAAGCAAGGCAAUGGUGCGUUAUGAUGGCUUGAUUAGAUGGAUGAUACCAAUAAUGCUAAAAAGUUCCUGUGGUGUUGACGUCACUUAUUUUCCUUACGAUUAUCAGAAAUGCGAACUGCGCUUCGGGUCAUGGGUUUACGACAUCACACAAAUGGACAUGCAUUUAAAACCAGCGGAAGUGGACAUAUCGAGCUACGUUGUUAACAGUGAAUAUGAUUUGAUUAAUGUUAGUGUGACCCGGAGUCUUGUCGAUGGGUCUUGUUGCCCUGGCGGAGGAACACAUUCUAUUAUCAGCGUAUUUAUUCAUGUAAAAAGGAAAUCAUUAUAUUAUGACUAUAUUGUUAUAGCCCCGACCAUUAUGUUGUGUUUUAUGACUCUUUUCACGUUUUUCCUACCGUGCCAUAAAGGAGAAAAGAUUGCCAUCGGUUUAACAGUGUUUUUAACCUUGUAUGUUGUUCAGUUGUUUAUAGCUGAGAAUGUUCCAGAUACGAAUUCUACACCAAUAUUAGGUGUGUUCCUGCUUAUGGUCAUGACGUUCAACUGUGUAUCACUUAUCAUGGCUACUUUAGUAAUGAACAUCAAAAAACGAGGCGAAGAAGAAAAAUGCCCGGAUGUUCCAAAAUGGUUGUUAUGGCUGUGUCAUGUAGUGCUCAGCAAAAUAGCUUUAACUAAGUUCGUUUGGCAAGACACCUGUCCUGGGGUAGAAGAAAAGGAUGAAGAUGUGAUGGAACCCGAUUCUAAGUCCUGCAUUCAGAAUCAUCAUUUCAAGAACCAAGAACCCAUUUCUAACGCGGAUUCUGACAAAUCACGCAAUCUAGAUAAUGAGGUCGCAGUAAUAAAUGAUUACACGAGUACAAAUACUUCCCGAUUCAAAGUCAGAAACAGAAAAUUUGUGUCACCCUCUGAGAGAAAUGACGUUAUUUGUGAACCCAUGUUACAAAAUACUAAUUUCCAACACGACAAUAACGUUAAAAGUGCUUACGAUCACGCACUGUUUAUGAGACGUCAGUGGUUCUUUGUUGCUGAGGUAGUUGAUAAGUUUUCCUUCCUUAUUUAUUUGAUUUCAAUGUCUUUCUCUAUCUUAAUGGUAUUGUUUGUUAUACCAUUUUAUUUCAGUGAUGCCAGAACAGCAUGAAAUGAGGUUUCUCAAACUCCGAUUUAAAUACAAUGAUUUUAUCAAGAUGGAACCAAAUUAGGAUUUGUGACAUCAGCGACAUUGAAAAAUGGCGCAAAUCUUUUAAAUGGUCGUUAUUCGAAACAUUAUAUUCCUCUAAUAAACAUGACAACUCUUGGGUGAGAUUUCAAACGUAGGCAGGAAUGGUUAGAUCUUUUAGUUCAGUGUUCUUGAUACACAGUGUUAAUAAUAUUGUUGCAUUUAGAUAUUUUGGUAUGCAUUUAUCUAAUUGAGUAAAUGUUUUGUAUAUAAUUAUAAUGUAUUGGAGUUAUUAACGGCAUAAUAAUUAUUAAUCCACAAACCAUGAUAUAAAUAAACGACUUCCGAUUUAUGUAUGUCAGUCCGCAAACCUGGCAAUAUUUAUAUGAAAAAUAACCCAAUGAACAAUGUACAGCUUUUAUAAUACAACGACUGUAAAAUAUCUCUAUAAUUCUUGAGAAUUAUUAUGUUAUCAGCAGCCUUAUAAGUAAUGUAAUUUGCAAACCUGGGUGAAAGUUACAAUAAAUAUGACCAUGCUGGACCGUGUCUAUAGAGUUUGGCAAAAAAGGUUACCGAGCAGACAAAUAUGUGUGAGGUCCUUGUCAACAGUUCCAAAGAGACUGAAAUAAUAUUAAAAGUUUAUAAUACUACUUAGCAAUAAUCAAUUACUCCCAUGCAAAACACAUCAAAGGACGCGUGCCCACGUGGGGAGCAUGUGGUGCAGCGAGCUGAGAAAAAGGGAUUCCUUAUGUGUGGAGUCAUUAAAAUCCCUAUUAUUAUCUAGAUAUAUAUAUAUGUAUCUUAAAUGCGAUGGCAAGAUAUAAUAGUUGUUGAUUAUGAUUUCGCAGUACCAUUACGAUGUAUAGGGAUGAUUUGUCUACAUAAAUCUCUCACCACCCGAAAUCUAUGAUAUUUUGAUGUAAUACUGUUUGGUCAGGCGAACAGAAUGAACGAUUUCCAUCGAUAUAAUCUAUUGAUAUUAAUCUUUUGACCUAUUUCUUAUGUAUAAACCCAUCCCACAUUAGUAUCACGUCUAUACUGGGAGGUAGAAUUUGUCCAGCUUUAGAUAAUACCAUAAAAGUCAACUAUGUUUACGUAAUCAUAAUGUUACGGCCAUGGAGGAGAAGGAGCAAGUUUAUAGAUCCAUGUGAGGGAUGUAUAAUAUGAAUAAGUGGUGUAAUGUUUCUAAGAAUAUCAAUCAUAAAGAGCAUUACAAACAAUCAUGGCAUUAUUAUCGUAGAAAAGAUUGGAUCUGUCUACCAACCUGACAACAUGGCGCUUUAAGGAAUAAUAAAUAGUUAAAAAAUAGAAUAUAUCCUUAUGAAUGAUUGAUCGGCUCAUAUUUGACAUUUUGGUAUUAGUCGAUUGCAUUCUUAUACUUAUAAUAUAAUAUUAUUGUCUCUUUCUACAAGCUGGCACGGGGACCUAUUUUCAAUAAAUCAAACAAAGCAAACCCUCUAACAAAAGAUUUUAUUUUUUAGCAUUUAAAACCAUGCAUUGUUACUUAUAAGAUUCUCCUGGUCAUUGUCUGGUGACAAUUUGAUGUGUUUGAACAAAUCAAGAGACUUGUUAUAAAACCAUAUUAAGAGAGUUCAUAAAAAAUGUUGAAUGUAAUAUAAUAUGUGACUGUAGCAAGUAGAGCAAUAAAACUCAGAUUUCCUUUUUUUGAUCUCUUGAUUAUGAUCUGUAGUUUAUCUAAACUCAAGGAAAAGUGAAAUCUGUGUUGAACGGGAAGCUAAAUACCUGUGAAUGGGGUUUAAAUCAAACAAUAGCGACACUGUUCUUAUCUAGUUAAUUAAAAUAGCCUCAUCUUCUGACUUUCAAGUAAUGACGACUGUCGUGAACGAUAUCGGAUAGGUUACUUUUUAAUUUAUGAAUUUUUUGGGGGAAAUUCACACUGUAACCCAUUUCCCAUAUAUUUUUGGACCAUGAACUGAACCCCAAGCGUUACUCUAGUAUACCGGAUCAAGACACAUGGGUUCCCUGUCGCACGUAAGUAAAUGGAGGGCCACUGCCCAGCCAAACCUACCAGAAAAGGUUUAUAUUUAUAUUAAAGUUGAUUAUUUACAAAUGUUAUUGAUUAUUUAAUGAUUUGAAUACACAAUUUAGUUUUUAAAAAGUACAAUCUCAAAUCACUGAAUACCCCAUGGUUAGUAAUAUAUGUCAAAUAUCAAAUUGUUGUUCAGUAAACUUAAAUCAAAAAAUGAAAUGAAAUGAAAUGGGGUUUAACGUCCUACUGGUUUGCUCCGAAGUGUGCUAUGAGGGAUAUUUUGCCCGGACAGCGGCACUACGGCCUACUCUUAUAUCGAAUUCCAACUGUCAAGGGAUCUUUUACGUGCACGCCAAUGUGUACACGGGACCUCGGUUUUUCGUUUAAUCCGAAUGACUAGACUGCUGUCCUUGUCAGGCCCUCCGUCCUGCAUCACUGACGCGGGGGAACCACUCCGGAAAAUCUGGAUGAAAAAGCUUCAAUCAAAUUAGUUGCUUACGUACCUUUACUGCACUAAGGUUAUCAAUGAUAUCUGCCAUGUCCAAUUAAUUAUUGAUAAAAGUCACCUUCAAUGUUCAGCAAUGUUCAGUCAUUCUUGCGCCAUAGUGGAAUACAGAGUUGAUUUAAGCGCAAAUAUAAUUCUAAUAUUUAAAUCAUAGUAUAUAAAUAAAAUAAAAUAACCGUUGUAAAAUAAAUUAAUUUAUUAUGGGGUACAAUUCAAAGAAAACCCUUAGCUAUAAAAAUUAUAUAUAAACUCUAAGAAUUUUGUUGUUCUGGUCCUUCUUGUCCUUCUUUUUUGGGGACAACCCUCUUCGUAAAAAGGCUCUGCCAAUUCAACUACCCGAGACAUGACAAUUGGCAUGCUUGUUCCUUGGAGAAUUGCGAAUUAUUUGCCGGACUUCGAGUUGAUUUAUAGUACGCUCGUACUUAUUAGAGAUACUAGCUUUCCAUGAUUCACCGGAUUAUUUGAAGACACGAAUAACAUGAUACUUACCCAAAUUAUUUUUUAUAACGUGUCCAAGAAAACAAAGGGUAGAUCUCCCACCACUUUCUGUUUGGACAUCAGAAUUACAUUUUGGUAAACUACCUGAAUUAUCAAUCUGUUUUUGUUAAUAUACAGUUUCGACCAGGACAACAUGUAUUGUGUGU